GCUGCUUGUCGUAAAAGACGUCGGUGUCAGAGUUGUUAGAGAAUAAAACCGUUUUCUUGUUUUUUGUUUAUUAAACGUCGGCGGAUUUCUUCUUUUGAAAUGUCUAAUAAUUAUCGUGGCUGCUUGUGGGCUGAAGCCGGUACCGUCUGACAGGUUUUAAAGGAGUGUGAAAAUGAGCUGAUCUCAAAAAAAAAAAAAAAGAGCCCGAUCUGGAAAAUGAAAAUGGCAACAUUUAGCGGUGACGGGCAUUCUGUCGUGGUGGAGGUUAGCCCAGAUAUCCACAUCUGUGGUUUCUGCAAGCAGCAGUACAACAACUUUGAAGUCUUUCUCGCCCACAAGCAAAAUGGAUGUUCCAUAUCCACUUCUGACGCAUCGGCUGCCGCUGCAGCGACCACUCUCACCGAUUCCAGCACAGAGUUUGUUUUUGAGGAAACCUACCAGACGUGUGUUAUGAGAGGUGUCAAAAAGAUCCUGACCAAAGCACAGAAAGCGCCUUCAAAAAAAUUAAAACCCACCCUGACUUCAAAGAGAUACAGUUGCUGUUUUUCAGGUUGCACUUUCAAGACGCAGUAUGGCCAAAAAGAUAUGGAGCGGCAUCUCAAAACCCACACGGGUGAGAAGCCAUUUGAAUGUGAGCUGUGCUACAAGCGCUUCAGUCGCCGGGACAAACUCAACAUGCACAGCCGCUCACACACGGGCGAGAAACCGCACAAGUGUAAACACUGUCCGUACGCAGCGGCGGACAGCAGCAGCUUGAAGAAGCACCUUCGCAUCCACUACGACGAACGACCGUUUAAAUGUCAAAUCUGUCCCUACGCCAGCCGCAACUCCAGCCAACUCACCGUGCACCUCCGCUCUCACACCGGGGAUGCGCCUUUCCAGUGCCAACAGUGUGACGCAAAGUUCAAAAUCAACUCGGACCUGAAGAGGCACAUUCGGAUUCACUCCGGCGAAAAGCCUUACAAGUGCGACUUUUGCGAGUACCGCUGUGCCAUGAAGGGCAACCUGAAAUCUCACAUUCAGAUCAAACACGGCACAGAAAACUCCUUCCACUGCCUGCAAUGCGACUUUAAAUGCACCAACAAAACUGCUCUACGGCAACACUCGCGGGAACACCAACCCGCUCAGCCCAUUCAGUGUUCCAAGUGCACUUACUCCUGCUCCAGCAAGGGGGCACUAAAAGUCCACGAGAGGAUCCACUCAGCAGAGCGUCCCUUUAUGUGUGACUUCUGCAACUUUGCCUCCAAGCAGCGCAGCAGUCUUGUCAUCCACAAAAAGAAGUUUCACUCUGAUAAGGGCGAGAGAAGUGUCAGAGGAGGGGUUAAAAGUGUAGGCGGUGACUCUCCUAAGCCUGGCAGCUCCCGGUAUCGAGCGAAACUCGAUGCAACACGAGCGUUCAUUUGUGACUUGUGCAAUGCCUCUUUUGUGAGGGAAGACUCUCUGCGGAGCCACAGGAGGCAACAUAGAAAUGCUCAGAAUGCGUUACAGGUUCAGCUGUCUUCCCAAGCCGAUCCGCUCAACAUGGGUCAUCCUACCGCAUCGCAGACAAACACCCAGUUCCAGGUUCCUAUCUCAUCUGACGUGUCGCCUCCUUACAGCAGUGCACAGCUCAAAAUCAUUGUCUCUCACCCUCUGGGGCAUAAGAACCCCUUAAUUCCAGCUGCUGUGGAAACCCACCAGAAUAAAGCCAACAUGGUAUUGUUGAGCCCAGAAAACCAGGACAUGGUUGUCAACUCCAUGAUCCAACAGGUCAACCUCCUGGCACCUGUGCAACCCCUUGGGUCAUCCGAGAUUCAUGAAGGCACAGUUGAACCCCAGGCGGUUCUGUUGACACAGCUCAGUGCUGAGGACAACAACCCACUCCACCAGGCCCUGCUGCAGACAGCCAUACCCACUGAAGACUCCAGCAGAGCCACACAAAACUUCAUCACCACCCGGUCUGACCUAGAGGGCCUCAAUGCCUUGAUCCAGGAAGGUGGCACAGAGGUGACAGUCAUGACAGAGGGCAACGCAUCCAUAGUGACCACAGAAACUCCCACUGACAUGGUGUGUGGUGUGUCAGAGGGUAUGUCCAAGCCGGCAGGAACGCUUAUGGUCGAGGAGAGUGCCUUAACCUGUGGGAAUGGUGCAUUACUCAUGCCAAACAUCACCCUGGGAAGUCAGGGUGUGGUGAUCCACGGCCUUCCACUGAUAGUCUCCACUCAGCCUCAUCAGAAUGCAAUAGAGCAGCUCUCACCUCAUACACUCUACUCAGAUUCACCCUCCCUGGAAAGUAUUCCACAAUAAAUACAGGGUUUGUGGCUUUUAUUAUUAUUAUUAUUAUUUUGAAUGCAGAAACCCGAGGAGACUGUAACUGCAUCAUAAGCUCUUUCUUUGCCAAUAACAACUCUUAGGCCAAUGCCCGUUCAAGUGUUAACAUUUUUUUUUUUUUUUUUUUUACUAAGUCACAUUAAAACAUACGAAGCAGUCAUGCCUGUGAGUGUUCUAUUCAUUUCUGUUCAUGCUUCUUUUGCAGGAAAUCCUGGUUUAGACUGUUGGU